AUGAAACACAGACGGAAUAUAAAACCGCAUCAAAUACUGCGCUCCGUUGUGCUAUCCAUUUAUUAUAAGAAUAUUAAUUGGUAUGUUAAGAAAAUAAAAUCAGAUAUACACAAACAACUUUUAGAGGAUAAAUCGUAUCUGCAUCAAACGGUAAUUGCGUUUCGGGCCGCGAAGAACUCAGAGUGCUCGUCGGUGGGGUCGCGCUGCGCCUCUGUCUCCGCCCAGAGGUCCGGAGUGAGGAAGCCAUAG